CAUCAACAGCAAGGCCAGAUGUAAAACCUGGCUGCCAAGAUAAGUGUGGGAAUGUUAGUGUUCCUUACCCCUUCGGGAUUGUAGAACAAAGCUGUGCCAUGAAUAAGCCCUUCUUUUUAAACUGCACUUCAGGCACUGAUGGGCAACCUGAACUGUUGAUUGGAACCAUUCGUGUUCACAAUAUAUCAGUGCUGGAGGGCACAGUCACUGUAGGCAUUUAUGCAGCAUUCGACUGCUAUAACAAAACAGGGAACAGAACAGACAAAUUCUCUCAGCAUAUCAGACUUGGAUCAGGCCCCUUCAUGUUCUCAGACACCCGAAAUGUAUUCACAGCUAUUGGUUGUGAUACCUUUGCUCAGGUGACCAACAAAGAUCUUACAUACGGAGCUGCAUGUCUCUCCAUAUGCACAGAAUAUGUGAACAUGUCAGAGAAAAAUCCUUGCUCAGGUUCUGGAUGCUGCAAAACCUCGAUUCCCAAGGGCCUCAAGUCACUUAACAUUUCAACUUUCAGUUAUAACAACCACACGAAUGUUUCGGACUUCAAUCCUUGUGGAUUUGCCUUUUUAGUGGACAGAAGCUCCUUGAAGCUUUCAGAUUGGCGGCUCUCUCGCAAGCCAAAAUAUGAUAAAGAUGCAUAUACAACAGAUGUUGUGGUUGAAUGGGUAGUUAAAAAUGAGACGUGCGAAAAGGCCAAUAAGACAAGUGCGUAUGCUUGUGGCACAAAUGCAAAUUGCACGGACUCUGAGAAUCAAGGAUAUCGUUGCUUAUGCGAAAAAGGGUUCGAAGGAAACCCUUAUCUCCCAGAUGGCUGCCAAGAUAUGGAUGAAUGCAAGGUUGGAGGAAAAAACCCUUGUGAAGAAGGUACUUGCGAGAAUGUGAUUGGAGAUUACAAGUGUCGAUGUCCACGUGGCAAGUACGGUGAUGGUAAAACAGGCUGUAAAGGAGUUGGUAUCAUCACAAUUAUUGCAGCUGUUGGCGCAAGCAUAUUCCUUGUGGUUAUUUGUCUGCUACUCUACAUGAUCUGCACGAAAAGAAUAAAGGAGAAGAACUUCCAAGAGAACGGGGGAAAAUUUUUAAAGAAUCAACGAGUAAGGAUUUUCAGCGAGGCAGAGCUGGUAAAGGCAACCAACAAUUAUGCUGAUGAUCGGAAAAUCGGGGAGGGUGGUUUUGGUUCUGUUUACAGUGGAGUUUUAACAGACAAUACAAUGGUUGCUGUCAAGAAGUCCAAAGGGGUGGACAAAGCUCAGAUGAAUGCGGAAUUUCAAAAGGAAAUGAGCAUUGUUUCACAGGUCAAUCACAAGAAUGUGGUAAAGCUCUUGGGCCUGUGUUUAGAGACCAAAGUUCCAUUACUGGUCUAUGAGUUCAUCUCAAAUGGAACUCUUUCCAAGCACAUCCACGACAAAGGUUCCCGGAUACUGGCUUCCUGGACCAAUCGUUUGAGGGUAGCAUCGGAGGCUGCGCUUGCGCUUGAUUAUUUGCACUCUCUUGCAGACCCUCCAGUUAUUCAUGGAGAUGUGAAGUCAGUAAACAUACUUCUAGACAAUAAUCACACAACGAAAGUAGCAGAUUUUGGAGCUUCGGUGCUGAUGUCUCCUGGCCAAACCGAUAUCUUAGCUACAAAAAUACAAGGGACUCUAGGCUACCUGGAUCCUGAGUAUCUUAUGACGGGUAUUUUAACCGUUCAAAGUGAUGUCUAUAGCUUUGGGGUAGUUCUUGUGGAGCUUCUCACUGGAGAGAUGCCAAACUCCAUUUCCAAGUCUGGAGAGAAACGGAACGUUAUUCAACACUUCAUCUCAGCACUGGAAAAUAAUCAUCUCUUCAAAAUUUUGGAUUUCCAGACAGCUGAUGAAGGUGAUAUGGAUGAGAUAGAAGCUGUAGCUGAGCUUGCAAAAGGAUGUCUAAAUAGCAUGGGAGUAAACCGGCCAGCCAUGAAGGAAGUGUCCGAUGAGCUUGCUAAGCUGAAAGCUCUUCAUCAGAAAUCAUUGGCUCAUGAAAAAAGCGAGGAAACAGACUACUUGUUAGGCGAAUCAUCACAAUCUUUCUGCAAGAAUGCAAGUCCUCCCAUGAAUCAAUCCCACACUGUGAUAUCAUUGCAGAUGGAGAACUACACUAACAGCAUUUAAAGCCGGACCACAAUCAGUUUCCAACAUUCAAUAAGUCAGAUAGCUCCAUUAAUAAAUUGUAGAUUAUGGCUAUGGAUGUUCUUGAGUUAUUGUCUCUAGUAAUUCUCCAGGAACUUGGAAGCUUGACAUAUUUCAAGAAUCCAGAUUUACCUUUUCGAUCUUUUGUCACCUAUGUUCAAAUAAAAAUUGUGUGUUUACAGGACUAAUUAAUAUACUCUCUCAAAAAGAAAUUGAUAAGUACCUUCGAUUUCCUAAUCAAA